AUGGCAUUAAAUAUAUAUUGGGCUUCUGUGUUCAUCCUACCUAAAGGUGUUAUAAGGGAGAUUGAGAAGCGUCUGAGAGCUUUUGUGUGGAAGGGCACAACGACCAGUGGAUAUGCCAAAGUAGCAAGUAGGGAUGUCUAUAGACCGGCGUCAGAGCGGGCUCAGGGCCUAAGGGACAUCGCUACUUUAAACCGUACGUUAAUGAGCAAGAAGCUGUGUGAUGUUAUUCGAUGUGAUAGAACAUCAAUCUGUGUAGAAUGGUUAUUUAACAGGCGGCUACGUGAUAAAUCUGUAUGGACGGUCACUGACAAUGGGGGUUCUUUGGGUUGGAGGAAACUCCUUCGACUAUGCCCAUUGCUUCGAUUGAUGGUGGACUAUCAGAUUGGUGAUGGGAAUUCAAUUUAUCUAUGGCAUGAUCUAUUGCAUCACCUUGGUCCUCUUAUGGAGAGAUUCCCACGGGGUCCACGUCUGCUUGGGCUUAGGACAGCGGACAAGCUUAGCAGUGUUAUUAUGGAGGGGCAAUGGCAUUGGCCUCUCAUUAUGGACAUUGAGUGCUUGGAGAUUUUGCAUGCAUUGCCAAUAAUUCAUGGCGAGAAAGAUUGCAUUAUUUGGUGA